AUGCGUAUUCUGGGGAAAUAUCAUUCCCGUGACUUUCAUGAGUGGAUUGGAGAUGAUGGCAAAACACACAGAUGUCCUUGGCACCCCCGACAUGUUUGCUCUUGUGGCAAAUGUGACAAACAGGAUAGUGUCGACAGUGCAGAUAGUGGAACAGGAAGGCAGGUAGAUCCGGAGGAGGGUAGGGAAGAUAGUGAAGAUGGCAGCAUCGAAGGUAGCAAGGAUAGUGAAGAUGGUGAAGACAGUGAUGGGGAAUACAAUACUAAUUACAGUUGUGAGGGUAAGCCCUAUAAGGUCAGGGGGAGGGCACUUACAUGUGAACUCCACAGCCUUCUCUACAAGAUUGAGUGCAAUCGGAUUGCAGAGAAGGCAACGGAGGUCGUACAUUCAGUAAUGGGGAAGGGCCAUUCCAAUUUACCCGAAAGUAAAUUUAGUGUCCUCACAAAGUUCAGACCUAAGGACACGAACCUCCACCAAAUUUAUUAUGAAGUAUCAACAAAUAUGGGCCUUUGUCAGAGUAACAUGACGUAC